AUGGAAUUCACUUGCUUGUGGUCGAAGGAUGCCCAGCAGAAGAAAAGAAAGCGGUGGACCGACGGCAUAGCACGCUUCUCCCCGGCCACGGGUGUGCUUAGCAUCUGGGACCAGGACGCGUCCGCCAAGGUGUCCUCCACCCGCCUCAAGCCGGACGAGGCCUCGGCGGUUCUGCAGGAAGACGGGGACGAGUCAAGGAGCACGCUAGACGCCGCGUCGGAGACGGCGAGCACCACCGGUGGUGGCAGCGCCGCCGCCUCCGGCAAGGUGACGGGGACCCCGGUGCGUCUAGCGACAGCUAGCGGGGUCAAGCUGGGCCCCAGCAAGAAGCUGGGCGCGACAAGCAUGCUGGGCAAGGCCGGGCCGCGAUCGCUGCUCUCCGCUCCCGCCGCUGCGGCCCCCCUCGGCAACGGCAUCAGAAGCGGUGUGGUAGGACCGGUGGCUGGCACGAUGACUUCGGUCCUCGGAGGCGGCGGCGGCAUCAAACGGACGGGGCUGGGGGGUGCCGGUAGAGGCGUAGGCGGGGCGCGGCGAUUCCACGCUCCGCGAUCGUCGGGUGCAGCGGCGGUGGCGGCCGGCGCGAACGAGCGGGAGUCGAAGAACCACGAGCUCGGUGGGAGCGAGAAGAGUCUUGCCAGGCGGGUGUCGCCGGGUACGGGCGGCUCUUUCUCCCGCUCUGCCGGAGCCGGUCGUGGUGGUGGUAGCGGCGGCGGCGGCGGCGGCGGUAGCGGUGGUGGUGGUGGUGGUGGUGGAGCGUCGGGGUUGAGUCCGGACGGGUUGGUGCUGGAGUGGACGGCCGGGGACCCCCCUCAGCCGGUGAUGGCGGGCGCUUCUCUGGCGCGCAGGCUGCACCCCCACCAGCGAGAGGGACUGAAGAUGCUGUGGGAGUGUCUCGCGGGGCGGGGAGGGUAUGAGGGCCGAGGAGCCAUCCUCGCCGACGAGAUGGGCCUCGGCAAGACGGCCACGGCGAUCGCGCUGUGUACGUGCGUGCUGCGCCACCGCAGGGCGGAGUGCCGGAAGGCGGUCGUCAUCUGCCCUUCCUCGCUCGUCGGGAACUGGGCGAACGAGUUCCGGAAGUGGUGCCCGCUGGGCGGGGGCGCCGUUGCCGUCGACCAGGCCGGGGCCGCGGCGGCGCAGCUGGUGUCGGACUUCAAGAUCGGCGCGGCGGCCCGCUACCCCAUCCUCGUCAUCAGCUACGAGCUCUACAGGAAUCACGGCAAGGUCAUCAACGCCACGGAGGGCCUGGGGCUCCUCAUCGCGGACGAAGGGCACCGGCUGAAGAACUCGGCGGAGACCAAGACGACAAGGGCUCUCAAGGCCUGCCCGGCUGUGAUGCGCCUGGUUCUGACGGGCACUCCCAUGCAAAACGACCUCGACGAGUUCUUCGCGGUGGCGGACUUCGUCAACCCCGGCCUACUGGGCAGCCUCAAGAGCUUCCGAUCCAGGUACACCCGCCCGAUCAAGGCCGCUUGGGACCGUGAUGCCAACGAGGAUGCUGCGGAGCUGUCGGCCGAGAGAACACGCGAACUCGGAGAGAUGACGGAAAAAUUCGUUCUCCGGAAAACCAAGGAUGUCAUCCGGGGGUCCCUCCCCGCAGCCCUGGAGGUGGUCGUCUUCUGUCGCCCUUCCGCGCGGCAGCUGUCCCUGUACGAAAGCUGCAUCGCGGGCUCGGCGGGCGCGAGAUCCCUCCUGUACGGCGACGGCGGCGACGCGGAUAGUGAUGGUGCAGGGGGGGGUGGCUCGAACCGGGUAGGAGAGGACGAGGAGGACGAGGUGGACGAAGAGGAGGAGAGAGAGGAGGAAGAGGAGGACGGUAGUGGUGUUCGCACGCAACAGGGGCAACGUCGUCGCCGGAUUGGCCUUCAGGGAGUCCUGCCGCUCAUCUCCAAGCUGCGCAGGCUGUGCAACCACCCGGACCUAGUGGAGGAGGACAGCAGCGCCGCUGGCGAACUGUCCGCCGAGGGAGAAGAGCGGCAAGGCGGCGGCUCGGGCUCCGGCAAGGAGAACAGAAACACCCGAGAAGAACACAGCACCGCCGGUCGGGCAGGCGCCAAGGGCGCGUGGAAAGUGCCUCGUGCAAGCGGAGCAGCUGCAGCGGUGGCGGCGGCGAAAGGCGGCGCCAAGGGGCUGGGCAAGGCUUUCGCAUCGACAGCGGCGGCAGCGGCAGCGGCGGCGGCGGCGGCGGCGGCGGCGGCGGCGGCGGCGGCGGCGGCGGCGGCGGCGGAGGCGGAGGCGGCGGCGUUACCCUUGUACGAGACGGGGGCCUCAGGAAAGAUGACGGUGCUGGAGGCGUUGCUGAAGGCCGUCCGGCGAGAGUACCCCGGAGACAAGGUCGUCGUCGCCUCCAACUUCACGUCCGCGUUGGACGUCCUCGAGACGCUGGCGGAGCGAAACGCCUGGGGUUUCCUCAGGCUGGACGGCGGCACGACGACCAACGCGCGGCAGAACCUCGUCGACCGUUUCAACCGCGCCUCUCCGGAAGACUUGUUCCUUUUUUAUCUCUCGACGAAGGCGGGCGGCGUAGGGCUCAACCUGGUUGGAGCGAACCGUAUCGUUUUGUUCGAUUCGGACUGGAAUCCAGCCACCGACGAUCAGGCGAUGGCUAGAGUGUGGCGGCUGGGCCAGACGAAGGAGGUGUCCAUGUACAGGCUGCUGUCCACGGGGACCUUGGAGGAGAGCAUAUUUCAGCGCCAGAUCUUCAAGGGGGCUCUCUACGACCUCAUCCACGACUCCAACGACGAUCCAUCGAAGGAAAGCGGCGGCGGCGGCGGUGGUGGUGGCAGACAGCGGCGAGGGGGCGCCGAUGAUGGUAGCACGGGGGCGGCGGCGGCGGCGGCGGCGGCGGCGGGCAAGGAAGGGGGCGGGAAAAGCGGCCGGGGUUUCAGCCAGGAGGAGCUCAAGGAGCUGUUCGUUCUCAGGACGGAGACCAGGAGCGAUACCUACGACAAGCUCCGGCGGGGGCGGGCGGCGGCUACCCCUACGGCGGCGGGGGCGGCGUCUGCGCACGAGGGGGGCCGGUACCAGGAAGUUACGCCUGAACGAGAGGCGGGAGCGAGAGGAGACGGAGAAGAAGAUGGUGGGCGAGGAGCGACCGCCGCCGCCGCUCCGGUGGUCGCCGUCGAAGAAGAAGCGUGGGAAGACUACGGCGGGCCGUCGGCGGUGGUAGACAAGGCUCUGCGGCUGGCGCUCCUGGAAGAACCGACUGGGACAUCAUCACAGGUAGUCUAG